AUGACUCCUCCAAACCAGUUUCACGAAGCCCCAGGCAGUUUCAGCUGCAUCGACGGCGAGCUUUUUGCCUACUUCUUUUCGCAUGACGGGCAGACCCAUUUGUUCUGCGCCCACGUCAGCACUAGGGGCCACUUUGAAUGUCCCAACGCCUGGGUCAAGUACUACGAUCUCCCAGAACAAACGCCGAAUUGUGACCGCGUCAUGGCUUAUGCUGGCCCUGACACAGUCACUUGUUGGUGGGGUGGAGGAGUUGUGUCUCUCUCUGGAUCAUUGUCCGGCUCAACACAGUAUGAGACCGAGAUCAAUGGACAAGGUCAUUGGAGCGAGGGUGAUGGACACUUCAAUGGAGACAACGAAGGUGCGUAA